AGGGAGGGUAUUCGACUCCGACGGGGUAGAACGACGAGUAGUGUGUGGAUUUCCGCGGGACGGAGUCUCGGCGCCAUGUCAAUGCCAGUUCUCAGAUAUGGCACUCGCUCGCUCGAAGUUGAAGUCCAAUCCCGACCGCUGCCGGUGACAGGGCGAAGCUGCUUCGAUUCCAGGAGGCGGAGGGUGCAGAUUUCUGGGACAAGAGUGGUGAGCGGUAGAAUUUCUGCUUCAUCUGAGCUCGCCUGGACUGGGACGGGCCCCGUGGAAGCAAGAAAUGCAGAGGGCGCAACUGAGAGCAGGAGCAAGGACGGCGGACCGUUCUCCAUGACGGGUUAUCUGGAUGAUCGACUGAUGGACGCAGUAAACACCGCAGGUGGCCCUGUUCGCCAGAUUGUUCUCAUGACAGACGGAACCGACACCAGACCGUACCGCUUGAAUUGGCCAUCUCCAUGUGUGAUUUUCGACCUCUCCCCCGUACACAUGCACGAUACGACUCUCAGAAAGAUGGCAGCGUCCGGAAUCACUGUGCCGAGAUCGUGUUUACUACAACACGUCCCGACGGACUUUUCAUCAGAUGACAACGACGAUGAAGAUUGGGGUCAAAAGUUGUCAAGGAUGGGCUACAGCGGAGAAAAGCCCAGUGUCUGGGUGCUAGAGAUGCGGAAUGCCUUUUUCGAGGGCUGUUUGAAGAAGAUUCUACCAGUUGCAAGCAGCUUCUUGAUGAAAGAUUCACUGUUCAUGGGUGUGGUCCCAGCUACUAUUUGCACUGAGGUAGAAACGAGAGCAUGCUUGAAGAGACUAUUUGCUUCCAAUGGUUUUCUAGCUGAAUUCGAGGUACACAGGAUGGUUGAAUCACAAUGGACCGUUGAAGGCUCGGGCAAAGAAACUUCGAACUUGUCUGAGCCUCUGCUUGUCUUCUUUUCCACUCGUCAGUUGCGCCUCUCAGAUUCUCAGGUUGAAUUCGCUCGAAUGCAAAUAAUGAUGGCAGAAGAAGCUGGAGACGAAGAUGGUUUUGAAGAUGCCUGGUAGUGUAUGCUUGUAAUGAUCGAUAUGGCUUGAAUGGUCAAAUUCUUUUCCGGUGGAGAGGUUUGCGCUGCGAUCUGAAUAUUAUCGCAGUUAGCAUCUGAUCACCCCUAAACUAGGUGAAAAUACGGUGCACCAAAUUGUCCUAACGAACGAAACGCGGAGUCCUGCUGCACUUCAUGGACUGGAGAGCAGGAUCACACCUGGUUGCAGUGUUCGACGCUCAAACUUCCAAAAGAUAUGAAUCGCGAGUAGGGUAAAUGUGGUUUUGAUCCCAUUUCUAGAGUGAAUCUCUAUUCUGCUUCGUACACGAGGUGCUCUAGUGACAUGAUGUAAUUACCAAUUUUGUUAUUUUGCCUUGUUCUUAAAAGAGGUUAGUUAACUUUCUAAUUUUCUUCUUUAUAAUAAACUUGUACAUCUGUUGGGUAGUACUUUGUCGGACAUGAUUCGAACAGAAAUGCGAAGUUUGUUGUUGAUAUAUAGAGAAACAUGAUGAUAAUCACCGCAGUGAUAUGAUACCAAUUCUCUUACUGAUGCAUAAUCAAUAUACAUGGUUUUCGUAAAGAGUACUGGUGAUAACAUCAUUCAGGACAAAUCGGGAUCAAGCCUAGACGUCAGGACUGCAAGAAGUGAGACUCAAUGAAGUUUGUAUUCAAGGCCAGCCAUCGUCACACUGGCGGUAAACUUACGUAUGCAUUGCGCAUUCCUACAUUUUAAGCCCGUUUCAUUACCCUCUUCUGCGGUUAUUAGAGGCGUCUUUGAGUUGGGAGUUUGGGACGUGGAGGCUUCUGACAGAGAGUAGCCGACUUUAGCAACAGGAGUGUUCUCUCGCUUCUCAGCAUCACAUGGAGCCUCACCUUCUUGACAUCGUGAGGUAGACUAAAACUCGUGUUCACAAAUUGCUUUCUGGCUUCAUAUAGAAAUUUUUGCCCGGUUCUUGAAGGUCAGGUCAGCAAGUGAUAAAUAUCACCUAUACAAAGUUGUAGUAGAGGUGGUCCUCUCUUAGUAG